GUCUGGAAAGCAGUGGGGCAGCCAUGGCACUGCUGAUUGGAGAUGGCCUGUGGUCUGUGGUCAUAUUCACGACCAUCUUCCUGCUUCUGGUGGACCUGAUGCACCGACGCAAGUUCUGGGCUGCCCGCUACCCUCCAGGUCCUGUGCCACUUCCUGGGCUGGGCAACCUGCUGCAGUUGGACUUUGAGAACUUGACAUACAGUUUUUACAAGCUUCGACAGCGCUAUGGAGAUGUGUUCAGCCUACAGAUGGCCUGGAAGCCUGCGGUCGUGGUCAAUGGACUGAAGGCGGUGCGGGAAGUGCUGGUGAACUGUGGAGAGGACACUGCUGACCGCCCUCCAAUGCACAUCUAUAAUCACCUGGGCUUUGGGCACAAAUCUAAAGGUGUGGUGUUUGCACCCUAUGGACCCGAGUGGAGAGAGCAGCGUCGAUUCUCUGUGUCUACCAUGCGAGACUUUGGCGUGGGCAAGAAAUCACUGGAGCAGUGGGUGACAGAGGAGGCUGGUCACCUCUGUGAUGCCUUCACCCAGGAGGCAGGACAUCCCUUUAAUCCCAUCACCCUCCUGAAUAAAGGUGUAUGCAAUGUGAUUUCAUCCCUCAUUUAUGCCCAUCGCUUCGACUAUGGAGACCCUUUCUUCAACAGGCUGCUCAAGAUGUUACAAGAAAGUUUUGGAGAGGACACUGGCUUCAUUGCUGAGGUGCUGAAUGCAAUCCCAGUGCUCCUUCAAAUCCCUGGGCUGCCAGGCAAAGCCUUCCCCAAGUUAACUGCAUUCAUGGAGUCCCUGGAUAAGAUGUUGGUUGAGCACAAGACAACCUGGGAUCCUGCACAGCCACCACGACACCUGACAGAUGCCUUCCUGUCUGAAGUGGAGAAGGCCAAGGGGAGACCUGAAAGCAGCUUCAAUGAUGAGAACCUGCGCAUGGUGGUGGUUGACCUGUUCACUGCGGGGAUAGUGACCACGUCAACCACACUGUCCUGGGCCCUGCUCCUCAUGAUCCUGCACCCGGAUGUGCAGAGCCGUGUUCAACAGGAGAUUGAUGAUGUCAUAGGGAAGGUACGGCAUCCAGAGAUGGCAGACCAGGCCCGAAUGCCCUACACCAAUGCUGUCAUUCAUGAGGUGCAGCGAUUUGGAGACAUUGUCCCCUUGAAUGUCCCACAUAUGACGUCCCGUGAUGUUGAAGUACAGGGCUUCCUCAUCCCCAAGGGGACGACCCUCAUCCCCAACCUGUCCUCGGUGCUGAAGGAUGAGACGGUCUGGGAGAAGCCCCUCCACUUCCAUCCUGAACACUUCCUGGAUGCCCAGGGCCGCUUUGUGAAGCAUGAGGCCUUCAUGCCAUUCUCAGCAGGCCGCAGAGUAUGCCUGGGGGAGCCCCUGGCCCGCAUGGAGCUCUUCCUCUUCUUCACCUGCCUCCUGCAGCGCUUUAGCUUCUCGGUGCCUGAUGGACAGCCUCGGCCCAGCACCCAAAGCAUCUUCACAUUGCCAGCUACCCCAGUCCCCUACGAGCUCUGUGCAGUCAUGCGCUAGCAAGGACAGCAGCUCCAUCCUUCUCCCCAGCUUGUGCUGCAUGAUGUCCAAUAAACCAGACCUGUGGCUGCCACUCAGAUUCCUGGACCUCCCCCAUCCUUGUCUCCACUGUGUCCCAAGACCACAGUCUACAACCAGUCUUUCCCCUCCUCCUCAGACCUCCCCUAUGAGCAACUCAGUGCUGUGAGGAAAGUGUUUACUGAGCCAAGAACAGUGGCACAGGCCUGCAGUAUAGUUUGGGAGAGGCUGAGGCAAGAAGAUUUCAAGUUCAAGGCCAGCCUGGGCUAUAUAACCUGAUUACUCAAGGAGAUCCUUUCUCAAACAAAGGUGUUGAGUGCAGGUUGUCAGGAGGUGAUGAAGAGACCCAGGAGGGAAGGAAAGGGACAAUGAGAGGGGGAAGCAUUGUGACAAAGUAGGAAGAGAGGUGGCUGUGCUGGUGUUCAGUGAUUGACCCUAGGUCACACAGAAAAACCCAUGGAUGGAUGCUGGCUUAGGGACAAACCACAGACAGAAGUCAAGACUCACUGGUUCUUGAGGAAAUGUGAAUGGUUUGAACUGGAAAUCAGCACAAUUCUUGUUUUGGGGACAGAUGUUGGUCUAGGUCCCCAAGACCCUGGAGUGCCACAAAUGGUAAAGAGGCUCAGGCUUGCUGCAGUGAAAGGAUGCAAGAGAAAAUCUACUGUAUCAAAGGUGAUGAUUCAGAA